GAUUCCAGACGCUACCCGCCCAUCUGUCUCUCUCUUCCCUCUGGCUCGCUCGGUCUCUCUCCCCUCUUGCUCAUCUCGCCCUCUCUCUCACUCCGUCUCGCUCACGCUUAGAGCCGAGUGCUUCUCCUGCUUAUUUUCACACAGCACAAGCUCACAAUCUCCCCUCUCCACACCCAGACGACGUCGUUUGCUUCGGUUUCCUCUUAAGAACAACUUGGAGUUGAGAGUCCUUUCUCGUUCACACAGUUGGCUCUGCGUGCGACUGUGUCUGAGCGAUGAGCAGUCGAGCAGUGGAAGACGACGCACUGGCCAAAACCGCAAGAGCUGUCGAAGCUCUUUACCUCCUCCGAGACACCUACUUUUCGGCCGACCCGGAUGACAAAAUCUCCAGAUUAAACAUCGAUUCCGAUCUUGCCCUCAACCUCCUCGAUUCCAUUCCUCUUGGUACCGACAAUGAGGCAGAACUUGUUGAUGAAAGCAUUCAACAUGCCAAGGAAGCCAUAACUCUUGAUGUCAAGGAUGGCAAUUCAUUGUGCAUACCAAAAUGCUGCAAGUGCUUAAAGAAAAGGAUGAAAGAAUGCAGUCCAAUCCAGACCUAUAUUUUAACUGUGUGCCACUGUAAGCUCAGU